GUUCGGGAAUCCGCCGCAUCAAGCAUCAUGCAGGGAUGGACCUCACAGGUUGUCUAGAUGCAGUAGAUGCAGUAGAUAGAUAGCAUGUACAUGAGUAAGAUUUUGGGGAGCAUCGGUUGGCGUCUUGUUCCCCAACUUGGGACACUCUGCCGCGAGUGCAGUGUCCCUCUGACUCCGACUCGGGGUUCUGAAUCCCACUUUUUCGACCCUUCUCCGGAGUCGUUUCGGAGAUGCGGGGAGAAAGGGGAGGAAGGGGAGGGAGAACUGAGCCGCAUGUUUGAGGCUGCCGAGUCGCUGAGCCUGUGAUGUUCGUCCCAAGUUCG